UGGCUGUAUUUUCUACCUGUGCUAAAGGAGUUGGAUGCAGACCUAAUCUGGGCAAAUAGAUUGAAAUUCUUUAAGAAAAACUCCCAUUGCCUUCUACAGACCUUGGAUCAGACCUCACAGCAACUCACCACUGCAGAAGACCAAGCUCAGAGCAAAUCAUGGCGGAAGAUCAAGAAUAUGGUGCAUUGGUCCCCCUUUGUUAUGUCCUUCAAGAAGAAAUACCCUUGGAUCCAACUGGCGGGUCAUGCAGGAAGCUUUAAAGCAGCAGCUAAUGGCAGGAUACUGAAGAAGCACUGUGAAUCUGAGCAGCGCUGCUUGGACCGCUUGAUGAAUGAUGUCCUGAAGCCCUUUGUUCCUGCUUAUCAUGGGGACGUAAUGAAGGAUGGGGAGCGGUACAAUCAGAUGGAUGACCUGCUGGCUGAGUUUGACUCCCCCUGUGUUAUGGACUGCAAGAUGGGAGUCAGAACGUACUUGGAAGAGGAACUAACAAAAGCUCGGAAGAAGCCGAACCUGCGGAAGGACAUGUAUAUGAAGAUGACUGAAGUAGAUCCAGACGCUCCAACCGAGGAGGAGAAUGCCCAGCGAGCAGUAACCAAACCCCGAUACAUGCAGUGGAGAGAGACCAUCAGUUCUACAGCAACGCUGGGAUUCAGGAUCGAGGGGAUCAAGAAUGAAGAUGGCACUGUAAACCGGGACUUCAAGAAGACAAAGACAAAGGAACAAGUCACAGAGGCCUUCAGAGAGUUCAUUAAAGGGAACCGUAACAUUCUGAACAGUUACCUUAAUCGGUUGAAGGGGAUUCGUGCCACCCUGGAGAUGUCACCGUUCUUUAAAUGCCAUGAGGUGAUUGGGAGCUCCCUGCUCUUCAUUCAUGAUAAAAAAGAACAGGCCAAAGUCUGGAUGAUCGACUUUGGGAAAACCACACCACUGCCAGAGGGACAAGUCCUCCAGCACAACGUGCCCUGGGUAGAAGGGAACAGAGAGGAUGGCUACCUCUGGGGGCUGGACAACCUCAUUCAGAUCCUGACAGAAUUGUCACAAAGUUUUGGAGGGAAGGAAAGCCUACAUAAUGGAAAUGAACAGCAGAAAUGGGAGAAAGCAAAGCAGAUGUUUAAAAUUCCAACCACAUUCACAGCUUCAAAGCUUUCUUGUUACAGCCUCUUCAUGCACCUUCGUGAUGUGACUGACUGAGGAAGCUCUGCCCUUCAUACGAACCAUGGAUGAGGCUUUUUUCAGAUAGAGAGAAAAAU